AUGGGAGAGAGGAGGUUUUCCAGCAACCCCAUCAUCACCCCAGCUUCCACAACAACCCACACCGCUGUCCACCCCUCCUUCACCUGGAUCCAGUGGGAUUCGGCUCCCGCUCCCGAGGGUAUACGAUGGAACGGCUGCCGGGUGCCAGGGGUUCCUACUCCAGCUUGGGCUCUACCUGGCAACCGUUCACCCAGCUCCUUCGGGACGCGAGAGUGUAAAGGCCCUCAUCUCCUGUCUGACUGCCUCUCCAUGCCAGAUCUCACCUCCAAGAAGUGGUACUUCUUCGCCGAGAUGUUUGAGCACUUCCGUCUCUUCUUCAUCUGUGUCUUUCAGAUCAACGUGUUCUUCUACACAAUUCCACUCUCCAUCAAGCUAAAGGAGCACCCAGUCUUUCUGAUCUUCAUGCAGAUCGCCAUCAUCUCCAUCUUCAAGUCCUACCCCACUGUGGGCGACAUCGCCCUCUAUAUGGCCUUCCUGCCGGCCUGGAACCACCUCUACAGAUUCCUGAGGAAUAUCUUCCUGGUGUCGGUUGUGUUGUUGGCGUGCUCCGCGCUGUUCCCCGUCCUCUGGCACCUCUGGAUCUACGCGGGUAGUGCCAACUCCAACUUCUACUCUUCCAUCAUGCUGCUUUUCAACGUGGUACAGAUCAUGCUGGUGUCGGACUACUUCUACGCGUACCUGUGGCGAGAGCAUCACCUAACCCAUGGCCUGUACCUGAAGAGGAAAGACGGUAGCGAGGCCACUCUAGUUCUCAAGUAG